AUGUAAGAUGUGAGAUUUCCGAUGCGUUACGAGUCCCUGGUUACGAUGCUGCUACUGGUAAACAUGCUGAUGAGCACUGCGGAUUCUGCAUGUCGUAACGAUCCACGCUACAAGCCCAGCUCUGUCCUCUGCAAGACGAACAUAAAGGCCAGUCAGAUGGCCCAAAAGGCAGCUAAGGAUGCGAAGGACGCUAAGGAUGCCCAGCCAUGUGCAGCGAAGAUUGCUGGCCAAAGGGCUAAGGCUAUGCUGGCGGAUAAGGCAUUGCAGGCUGCUAAGGCAGCGGAGGUGGCCCUCAAUGGGAAAAAACAGCUUCUGGAUGAAAUAACCAAGAGUUUAAAUGAAACGAAACGGGUUAUUGAGGAAAUCCAACGAGCCAUUAAAGCUGGCACCUGCUCCGCCAAGGCGACAAGGGAAAUCCGUGAAAAACUCCAGGAAUCCUUGGCAAGCAUGACAAAUCUGUUGCAGGAGAUGGUCGGAAGUCUGAAUAACAUCCGAAAGGUGGCACUCUGCGCCAAAAGAGAGGCCGCGGAAAAACGAAGUCUUCUUGGAGCUGCCAAGAGGCGGGUUGAGGAGUUGAAUAACUGUAUGUCCCAGGCUCAGAAGGAUCUCGAAGUUAACCGUGAGAACGCCAAGAAGGCGAACGAAGCUGCCAGUGAGGCUAAACAGCGGAUCGAUGCAGUGCGGAAGCUGGUGUCGAGGAUCAAGAUGCUGAAGCGAAAGGAUCUCCACUCGCUGAGCAACUUCCUUCGCAAAAGGAGGAGAAGGAGCAGCCCGGCGAAAACACAGUUGAGUUGA